CUUAGUUCUCCACCCGCAUCUUCAUCCGCUUAACCUUUCGCACCCCUCUAAUCCCGGCCGAAGAACCUGGUAUCGGGGAGGAACAGAACAGAUGGAAGCCCGUAUUGGAUCGGACAACGGCACUGGGCCUGCCGCUCCAGCGUACGGAAUCCCACACCUCAUCGACGAGAAGCAGCAGGACAAAUAUCCAUUGCUGCUUGUCUACCUGGCCAAGCAAACCCCAGCCGAACAAGCUUAUCUUGCUUCUCGCCUACACGAGUUCUUUAGAAAGGAAAAUAUAACACUGACAAGAUGGCAACCAUCCUCGGGGCUGCUACGUCGAGUCGCCCUCCAUGGCUCUUGCCCAGACAGCCAGGCGAACAUCCACGCAAUGGCCAUCUUAGCAUAUCGGGCUGGAUGGACAAGAUUCCUCGUAGCAGAUGGUCUCACCCAGCGCCAGGUACAUGGCAAUCUUCGCUUGUGGGAGGAUCCACUGUUGUCACUGGUAAUGGUCGUUGUCAAGCCAGAGCCAGUUGUCUUAGCCCCAACGGGCGAUUUUUGCGUCUUCGCUAAGCGGGCCACUGUAGACGGGUUCAGCAAAGAUUUUCUUGAAAAGCUUUCCAACUUGCAACCACCGAAGAGGUCGCUCAUGCAUAACAUUGAACGCGAUCGAUAUGAUGAUCCUGGCCUCACUCUCUAUGACCCUGACCGGCCCCCAUUUUCCGCCGACAGAGCAACCUCUCUCAGUCACGAAGAACGGUUCAAUAUUACCGCGGCCUUCUUGACAAAACACACACCAUUGCCACCGGAGCUGGCGGAGCAAGUCCUGGACUGGCUUUCUAUAGCCAACGAGACUCCUAUGUGGUUGCCGCCGUGGAUAUACCACAAGGAAAAGCACUUGAACAUCUUUCUCCUGUUCCCAGCCACGCAACCCGAGCUUCAUCAUAUCCAAACCCUCUUUCAGAACGUCAUUGAGGACUACCGGAAAAUCGAGCGCGCCGGUGUUCGAUCAUAUACCAUCACUUUCAUCCCUUGGGAAUAUCACAGAACCAGGUCUCGCCGUGACCUCGCAAACCUAUGGGAGGCGUAUCGGCUUAGAACAGGGGACAACUCAGCCCCAUUCAAUAUUUACUUCCUUCAACAGAUGCCCGUCGCUCAGAAUGUUAACGACCUUGAACUAGGGAUUGUCAAGUACGAACGAGGUGAUUUGCCAAAUGUGGCACGAAUAACCCUGAAAAACAUAAUCCUAGACAGAGGACCCUGGAUUGAAAUGAUGAGAAGACGAGGACAGGCGGCAGAACAGUACAUGUACAGUCACAAGGUCGACCCGGAGCUACUGCGUCCAUUUGACCAACCGUUCUACCCCAAUCCACCGCGAUGGCUCCCAGCAAAGAAAGGGCAAUACACCAUACCAGUGUUUUAUCUCACGAAAGACCUCUCCCGGACCGAAAAAUACGAGAUAGAAAAAGAAAUCCGCACGUUAGGCCAAGUGGAAGAGAGUCACUGGGGAUCUAAAGUUGCAUGUUACGUUCCCUGGGACAGUGAAGCGGAUGGCACACUCGACGACGUCUGGAAGAUCUUCUGGGAAGUCUUCACCUAUCACGGAGAACGCGACAGCCAUUUCCCUAUCUUCUUCAUAGAUGUCCAAUCGGCGAUGGACGAUACCGUCCUUGUUGUGCAUCCGGAUCAUUUGUGGUUUGACCAGUCCAACCAUAGAGCGCUGGCAAUGCUGCAGAACGUGAUGUACCCUAGUGUACGUGGGCUUCAGUACGGUCGGGUGAGAGGUCGCGAGGCGCAUACUAUGCAUUCGAAUGUUAGCGUCGGCAACAUGUUCUUCGAGGAGUAUACGCGACCCCAGCGCUUUCCGAGACCGGAUUGGCCUUGUCAUGGGUUCCCGGCAGCGCAGGUGUGAUGAUUACUGAUUUGUCCUUUUAUUUGUUGUGCGGUGACCUCUUGGAUAUUCUCUGAAAUUGUUGCGCCGUAG